AUGACGAAAAUGUUGUUUCGUCACGCAAAAUCCUUCGUCUACAUCUCUGGAUUCUGCCAUUGCAGAGGCAGAAUGCAAAAAAAAAAUUGGAACCUCUCUCUAUCUGUGUUGCUGCCUCUGCUGGGAAUUCAAUCUGCUCAUUGGAUAUUUGUAAUUAGCGAUUGUGGAGAGCGAUUGAGAAGGAAUUAUGAGCAGAAGGUGGAUACAGAACCCGAAUACUUGGAUGAAUUGAUGAUUUUAUUGAGUUUGCAUGUAGACACAACCCGAGUGCAACUAGAAUCCGUUGUCCUUGUAGGAGUAAGGAAUGGAAUGAUUGAGACAUAUAACAUUUGGAACCUUCACGGGGAACAAUUAGACAAUGCUUCGUCUUCAAAUGCCACAAGAGUAGACAACGUUGAACCUAUUGUGGAUCCUAAUGAACAAGUCAUGGAUAUUAUAAAUUAUGCUUUUCCAUUUGCAUCGACCAACAUCAAUCAGGAAGGGGAAGAUGACGUGCCUACCCCAAUGGACAGUGCAAAGUUCGAACAAUAUGAACAACUGUUAAAAAAUGCAAACCAAGAGUUAUACCCGGGAUGCGAGAGCUUUUCUGUUCUCACGGCCAUUGUGGAGCUAAUGCACGGAAAAAUAAAGUAUCGUAUGUCGAACCUGUGUUUCGAUUACUUUUUGGGGGUUUUCAAGAGAAUGCUUCCGACGGACAAUUAUUUGCCGAAAGACCAUAGACAUGCGCAAAAGGUGUUAAAUGGUCUUGGAUUGGGUUAUGAAAAAAUUCAAGCUUGUAAAAACAAUUGCAUGUUAUUCUACAAAGAGUAUGAAACAUUGGAUACAUACCCUAUAUGCAAAGAGUAG